AUGGGUCUUCGGUUAGAUAAUUCAGACAGCGAUAGUGACGAUGCGACCCAGCAUCGGACGAAACGGGUUCGGAUAUCAGAAAGUGGAGAUUAUGUGCUGCCAUACUCCAACAACCCCAUUACCGCCAAUAACUCCAAUACGUCCAACGAAUCACCAGCAAACAUCCCUGAACAAAGUCCUCCGGUGAGGAAUCAAAUGACAGAUAUCAUGAGCUUCGCUUACUUGCACGAUAACUCAAUAUUUGUACAAAGGCUCCAGGAGCCAGCAGAGCUUAGGCGGAGUAAUGCUAUUAGAUUCCGACAUUUGUUACGACCUCCAUUAAUAUUCAGAAGGACUGAUGAGGUCAAUCUUGGACCGGAAAGCUUUGAUAACAUAUUUAUGUCUGAGAAGAACAAUGACUCUACCGAUUUGCAGGAACAACGGGAGGAGAUAAAUCUUAAGGCUAUCGAACAUGGAAAGAAUAAGUUUGGACAACGCCUGGCAUCUGGCGUAGUGAAGAAUGCUGGGGUUAAACGAACGCGGUAA